AUGAGACUGAGGAGUCAGAGGAGGAGAGACAGGAAGAGACAGAUGAGGAGACAGAAGAGGAGAGAGAGAGGAGACAGAGGAAGAGACAGAGGAGGAGAGAGAGAGAGGAAGAGACAGAAGAUGAGACAGAGGAGACAGGAGAAGAGAGAGGAGGAGACAGAAGAGCAGACAGAGGAGAGAGAGAGAGGAAGAGACAGAGAGGAAAAAGAGGAGGAGACAGAGGAGGAGAGAGAGAGGAAGAGACAGAAGAUGAGACAGAGGAAGAGACAGAGGAGGAGAGAGAGGAAGAGACAGAAGAUGAGACAGAGGAGAAGAGAGAGGAAGAAACAGAGGAGGAGACAGAAGAGGAGACAGAGAGGAAGAAACAGAGGAGGAGAGAGAGGAAGAGACAGAGGAGGAGAGAGAGAGGAAGAGACAGAAGAUGAGACAGAGGAGACAGGAGAAGAGAGAGGAAGAAACAGAGGAGGAGACAGAAGAGGAGACAGAAGAGGAGACAGAGGAGGAGAGAGAGGAAGAAACAGAGGAGGAGACAGAAGAGGAGACAGAAGAAGAGACAGAGGAGGAGAGAGAGAGGAAGAGACAGAAGAUGAGACAGAGGAGACAGGAGAAGACAGAGGAAGAAACAGAGGAGGAGAGAAUAUCAAAAUCAUAAUAAAUAGUCUUUAA